AUGGUGUACGUACGACAAGAAAAACUUCCAGGCCUUAAGCAGUACAAAUAUUCCGGUGUCGACCAUUCCCUCUUAUCGCGAUAUGUUCUCAAGCCAUUUUACACGAAUUUCGUGAUAAAAUGUUUCCCGAUGAGCAUGGCACCGAAUCUGAUUACUCUUACGGGUUUCAGCUUCGUCGUUAUCAAUAUCCUGACUUUGUUGUGGUAUAAUCCAACGCUUGAUGUGGAUUGCCCGCCUUGGGUGUAUGCCAGUUGGGCUGUGGGAUUAUUCUUGUAUCAAACCUUUGACGCGGUCGAUGGGACUCAGGCACGACGAACGCAUCAGAGCGGACCCCUUGGAGAGCUCUUCGAUCAUGGUGUUGACGCGGUCAAUACUUCCCUCGAAUGUUUGAUUUUUGCGGCUUCGCAGAACUUGGGAAUGGGCUGGAAGACAGUCAUGGUCUUAUUUGCUUCUCUCCUCACAUUCUACGUACAAACCUGGGACGAAUAUCAUACAAAGACUUUGACAUUGGGCUUGAUCUCUGGACCUGUAGAAGGAAUCGUCAUCCUCAUCACAGUCUACGCAUUCACUGCAAUUAAAGGUGGGGCGAGCUUCUGGACUCAAUCGAUGUUCAGGACUGUUGGCAUUCCACAUUACGCGUUUAUCCCUGAAUACAUUUAUGAAUUGCCAUUCAAUGAGUGGUACAUGGUUCAAGGUGGAAUUGUGCUGGUUCUCAACACUGUACAAAGCUCCAUAAAUGUGAUCAAAGCUCGCAGAGCUCGUGGGGACAGGUCUCGAGGCGCACUUUUGGGGCUCGUUCCCUUUUUCUUCACGUGGUCGCUCAUUCCAGCCUACCUUUAUCUUAACCCUGAAAUUCUUUACAAUCAUCUUGUUCCUUUCGUUUUCUUCGCCGGGCUUGUCAAUGCUUACUCAGUGGGCCAGAUGAUCACUGCCCAUUUGGUCAAACUGCCGUUCCCUUACACGAAUGUAUUGAACCUACCGCUUGCUUAUGGCGUCUUUGACUCUGGAGGACCAUUUUUGAAGGAGAAUUUUGGAUUUGGAUGGCCAAGUGCUCUUGGUGGUGGUGUAUACCAGGUCGCAUAUCUCUUCUGCAUGCUUGGUGUUGCGAUUGGAGUUUAUGGAAGCUUUGUGGUUGAUGUGAUUGUUACAAUUUGCGAUUACUUAGACAUCUGGUGUCUGACUAUUAAACAUCCAUGGAACGAGGAAGAAGAGGCAAAGAAAGCCAAUUAG